AUGGUUCCAUGGAGUGCUGCCAGGACGAAGGUCCAAAUCCGUCUGUCAAUCCAGCGACUACGGACACUACAGGAGAAGAAGCUCGCCCUGGCCAAGAAGUCCAGAAGGGAGAUAGCGGACUUGGUGCUGAAGGGGAGGAUCGAGACCGCCCGGCUAAGGGUGGAGGGGUUGAUACAGGAUGACAUCUACGUGGAGUUGCUAGAAGUCUUGGAGCUAUACGCCGAAACCCUGCAAGCUCGGUUUGGGCUGCUCGAGUCGACGGGUGGUGAAACACCAGAGCCAUCCAUCGCGGAUGCGGUCAACGCGAUCGUCUACUCUGCGCCCCGGACAGAGUUAAAGGAGCUGCACGCGCUGCGGGAGAUGCUGAUGCAUAAGUACGGCCGCCAAUUCUCCCUCGACCUCCAAGUAUCCGAUCCACCUCCCCCUCAAGUCCCAAAACGCGUAACCUCCAAAAUCGCCGUCUUUGUCCCUCCGAAAGAGCUGGUCGAUGCCUACCUCAGCGAAAUAGCCAAAGGGUACGGCGUGGCGUGGAUACCUGAUCCUGAACCGUUCUCGGGCGUCGAGGGCGAGGCCGAGGCCGGGGACGAGGCGGAAGACAAGGCGGACAAGGGGAAGGCGAGGAAUGGGGAUGGCGAGAAGAAGGAUGAGGACGACGUGGAUGAUGAUCUAGGCGGUAGCGGAGGUGGGGAUCUAGGCGAGGAGAGCGGAAAGGCAGGAAGCGCAGCAGCGAAUCUUCCUGAUGGACCGGAGAAGGAUGCGUGGGCAUCCGGGGCGGAAGUCAAGCUUCCUACGGCACCAGCACAGCCGGCAGGGGGGAAGAAGAUGACGCCGGAGGAGGAGCUGGCUAAGCGGUUCGAGAGGCUCAAGCAGCUCAGAUGA